GUGCUCCGCUACUUGACGUUGGAGACUAAUGGUUUUGUCAUACAUGACAGGAAAUUCGAAGUUUAGCCUCUUGCAGAAUAUUGGUCUUAGUAUCGGUCUUAGUUUAUCUUGAUAGCCUGAUUUUCAGAGAUUUCAGCCGUUUCCCCACGUCGCUCAUACAAACACUAUGGUGCUGCAAUCCCAGCUUUCUGAUAAUAUUUUUAGGUGAAGAUUUUUCGUCAUACAUUUAGUUAUACUAAUACGAAUCCAAGAUGGCGGACAUAAGGAAGACCUCUGAACAAGUGUUCAUUGUCGGUGUCGGGAUGACAAAGUUUGAAAAGCCUCUCACCAAGAAAUGGGACUAUCCAGAUAUGGCUCGAGAGGCAGGGACAGCUGCUCUGAAUGAUGCAGGAAUUUCUUAUCAGGAUGUGGAAGCUGUUGUCGCAAGUUACUGCUAUGGAGAACCAACUUCAGGUCAAAGGGCGGUCUAUGAUGUGGAACAAAAUCUUAAAAUGGAUCCAAAAAGAAAGGUGUUUAUGUUUUACGUAGGGUUUGAGAAGAUGGAACGAGGUCUGUCUGAAAAGUACCAUGACCGAGAAUCUCCUGUUAAACGGCACAUGGAUCACAUGGUAGCUAUCGGCGCUGCACCGGGUCUUAUCAACCCACAGUUAAACACUAUGACCUCUGAUGUUGUUAAGCUGUUUGCUUAUGCAGCACAGGAGCACAGCAAGAAGUAUGGAAGUACGUUUGAACAGUGUGCUAAGAUCUCGUACAAAAAUCACAAGCACAGUGUUCAUAACCCGAAUGCGUGUCUGAGAAAGGAGAUUCCCUUCAAAGGCAUCACUCACUCAAAAAUGAUCUGCAAACCCAUCACUUUUGCCAUGUCUGCUCCCACGGCAGAUGGCUCGGCUGCUGCUGUUGUGUGUUCAAAAGAAUUUAUGAAGUCUUACCAAAUGCAGAACAAAGCUGUUGAGAUCGUUGCUCAGCAGAUGGUCACAGACCUCCCAUCUUCGUUUGAACACAGUUUUCUGGACCUGGCAGGUGUGGCGAUGGCUCGUAAAGCUGCCGCUGACUGCUACAGAUCAUCAGGGCUCACUCCUUAUGAUGUUAACGUUCUUGAAGUCCACGACUGCUUCUCUUGCAAUGAGUUAUUCAUGUAUGAAGCCAUGGGACUGUGUCCGCAGGGGAGGGGUGGGGAGUUAAUUGACUCGGCUGAGUGGAUCACCAACACAAAUGGUGGUGAAGUCUGUCGUAUUGGAGGCAGGUGGGUGGUGAAUCCUUCAGGAGGUUUAGAGUCCAAAGGUCAUCCGAUCGGUGCUACAGGUCUGGCGCAGUGUGCAGAGCUUAAUUGGCAGCUGAGAGGCGAAGCUGGCAAGCGGCAGGUGGACGGGGCAUUGGUAGCUUUGCAACAUAACUAUGGAAUCGGUGGAGCAGCUGUAGUGACCAUGUACAGGAAAUAUAAACCAGAAGUCAAGACACAGCCUCAUGCCAAGUUGUAACAAGGUGUCUCGCCAUAGACAGCACAGCGGCGUAAACAUAGCUGGGGAAGACAAUUUAUUGAGGAAUGACUGUUGCAAAAUGAAAGCUGAACGAUAUCAAGGUUAUUUAAAUAAAACAAGAAGACAUGAAUUA